UCGCGUCAUCACGAUUACGUGACCGCCAUUUUGAUUCUCUAUAAUUAUGUAUUAAAUUGUACAAAAUCAAUAUCAAUACGUGUAGACCGUAAUAAUAAUUUAAUUAAACGUGUGUGUUGUUUGUGUGUGAGGAAUGUCCAUCGAAUAUUUACAAGUAGCGGAAGAUGAAGGCGAGGAGCCUAUCGAAUUGCCCACAGAGGACGACGGUACACUUCUGCUCAGCACGCUCUCGGCGCAGUUCCCCGGCUCCUGCGGUUUAAAGUACAGAAACCCCGACUCGCGAGCGAUGCGAGGCGUCAGACUUAGCGACGGCCGACUGCAUCCGCCCCCCGAGAUCGGUUGGGGUUCCCAGAUAUUUUACUGCGUCUUUCCCAAAGAGAAUAAGCGAAAAUCAGACGACGCCCUGGAGAAUUCGACGGCUAAAACGAAACGGAUAGAAACGAAACUACGCUGCACCGACCUAAUAGUUCUAGGCCUACCUUGGAAGACGACCGAGCAGAAUCUUAGGGAGUACUUUGAAAGUUUCGGCGAGGUUCUAAUGGCGCAGGUGAAGAAGGACGCGAAGAGCGGACAAUCGAAGGGAUUCGGUUUUAUCAGAUUCGGCUCGUACGAGUCACAAAUGCGAGUUCUCGCCCAGAGGCACAUGAUUGACGGACGGUGGUGUGAUGUCAAAGUUCCAAAUUCAAAGGAAGGCCUAAUACAGCAAGUUCCCUGCAAGGUGUUCAUCGGAAGGUGUACGGAGGACUUGACCUCGGACGAUUUGAGGGAGUACUUCGGCAAAUUCGGCGAGGUCACGGACGUUUUCAUACCGAAACCGUUCCGAGCUUUCAGUUUUGUCACCUUCUUGGAUCCGGAGGUCGCGCAAAGCCUGUGCGGCGAAGACCACAUCAUAAAAGGUGUUUCAGUUCACGUUUCAAACGCCGCCCCAAAAUCAGAGAACCGUAGCGGAUACAACAGCGGAAACGUACGCAACACCGGCUCGCACGGUACGAACCGGACGACGAACGGCCCAGACGGUCCCGGCAUGUACCCGCAACGCUACGGACCCGGCCCGAAUCAGGGCAAUUGGGGGAAUCAGGGCCACCGGGGGAAUCUCGACAUGCCCAAUCUACAAGCGUUAGGUAUUACCGGCCAAGGGCAGCAGGGGAACACGCAGCAGAAUUGCAAUCCGCUCGGCCUCGGACUUAAUCUCGGCGCGCUGCCGAUGAAUCCCGCCUUGGUGGCCGCCGCUCUCAAUCAGGCCGGAUGGGGUCUGAUAGGUAACCUUCAAAAUCAACCGGAGCCGAAUUUCAAUCAGGGUUUCAACAAUCCGCCAAAUAACAACACAGGUAACAACGCGAACGGCGGCAACCAAGGUGGCGGUAACAAUCAGGGCUUCCUGAACUGGAUGAACCAGGGCCAGGGACAAGACGGACAGUGGCCGCGUCCGCCUCCUCAACAGCAGCAGGAUAAAGGUUUCUUAAAGUCUUGCAGUUCUACAGUCGCAGAUGCAAAACACCCACCUCUCGUAAAUAACUCUGAACCGCAGCUGUUUGUGCCUCUCGUCUUGUUUAUGUACAUAUUUAUUUAUAGCGUAACGAAACUAUUUAUCGUUGUAAAGCAAUUAUAUGUUAAACAGAUUUGCCUUUUGCCAUGCAGGUGAUAACGUACUGAAUGUAUAUAUAUUUAAGAAUUUUAACAAAGAGUGACAAAUACAGGUUGUGAUACAAGUUGAGAAUAAAGCAGAAUUUACGAGA